CAAGAGCUGCCGUCAGAACAGGGGAUCACAGGGAGCAGAGAGAGAGGGAAAGCAGAGAGGAUGGCAUAGAGAGAAGGGACAGAGGCAGAGAGUAAAGAGAGAGAGAGAGAGAGAGAGAGAGAGAGCAGGGAGCAGAGAUUGCAGGGACAGGCAGAUUACAGAGGGGCUACGAUCCACGGCGCACCAGCGACAUGGACAACACACAGACCUCUUUGUCUCAACUCAGGGAGUGAAGAGACGAGACAAGGACUGGGAAGAGGACAGGACACUGCGAGAGGAAGUGAUUUGAAGAACAACUGUGUUUCUGCAGCUUUUGCUGGGACACCUUGAGUGGCGGGACGGUAAGGGACCAGCUGUGAGUGCCUGGCCAUGAGAGAGUGACGGAGAAAGGACAUCUAGUGCUACUGAGGACAUCUUGGUAUCUUCUUCUUCUGCCUGUCCCCAUGUCUAGAGGAGGGAGGCCCCUGUGUGGGUGGGCCUGGAUGUGGCCCCUGGCGUGUGCACUGUCCCUGGCUGCAUGCUCGUCGGUCAGCCCCCUCCUCCAAGAGACCACCUCUGAUCCUCCCAUUGCUAUAGAGACACAGACUGAAGUAUGGACACAGCCAGACCAUCAGACAGAGGCACAGACACUUGCAGAGUCUCCGACCCAGCCAGAGCUACAGACAAAGGCACAGACUGUGGCACAGACACAGACAGAGCUACAGACACAGCCUGAGCUACAGACUGAGUCCCCAACAGAGUUAGAGUCACAGGCAGCUACCAUCAACCACACAGGUCUGUUGUGUGUGUCCGUGCUUCCCCCGAGGCGGGGGUCGUUCUAUGUAGAGCGUGGGACGGGGGUGUCGGUGGGUACAGUGCUGGCCUUCUGGUGCAGGGAGGGCUACCAGCUGGUGGGCAGUGAUAAGAUCUCCUGCAGCGUCCGGGCAGGCAAACCCCAGUGGAACAACUUCCUGCCAGUCUGUGAGGCCAUCCCGAGGCCGGAGGACCGGGGACUGCGCGUGGCCGUGCUGGCCUCGGUGGUCAGUGGCAUCGUCAUCCUGGCAAUGUCUCUCUCCUUCAUCAUCUGCUGCCUGCAGGAACGCACUGGGAAGGACAGGGGCUCCAGGAGGGGCGGCAGGAUCAGGCGUAGAGACACGCGGUCUUCUCGGCGUAGUGAGUGCUGGCUGGAGAGAGAGGAGGGGGAUUGGGACACGUUCCCCCCUCCUAAGAUCUUCCACCUGUCCCAGCGGCCGGACCUCCGGCUGGCUGCAGAGAGCCCGGUCUACCUGGGGGGCAUGGCCGGCUUCGACAACCGCGGAUACCUGAGGAGUCAGGAGAGCCUACUGAAGGCCACCCUUCCUGGUCUGUUCAGGACGGAGAGUCAGAUCAUCUACCCCCACGUGGUGCUCCAGAGAGUCCCCACCCCCACCGCCCCGACUGCCCCUACAGCCCCUGUCUACCUCCACAAUGUGCCCUCCAACUCUGCCUCCAACUCUGGAUGUGCUCCCACACAGCCACACCACAUGCCCCCAUACCCUACCCCGCAGUAUCCCAUCCACAACUCCACCCCCCAGCGAGUUCCAUGGCAAACGCAGCCCCAUUGAACUGUCACUGUCCCCUCUCUCUCUCCCUCUCUGUAGGUCAAGGGUCAAGGAGGAAGGAUCAAAUAACACACUUUUCCCUAAUAAGUGUGCUACUUUUGAGCAGAGCCCUAUGCAGUUAACAUACAUGUUUUGGUCAGAGGUAGCGUAAUACAUAGGGAAUAAGGUGUUAUUUGUGAUUUGAGAACAGCCCUCAGACCCCUGUCAGUGAGAUGCUUCUACUACUGCAAGGAUAGAUGGAUGGGACACGUGCUACUGUACAUACUGUAUGAUAUGAACUGACAGACAGACAGACAGACAGACAGACAGACAGACAGACAAGAGGGUCUUUUCCAGCACUUUCUGACUCCUCGCCUCUUCUCUCAGUGGGGAAGCCCUUUCUGCUGUUUCUAGUGUACCUCUACACGGCAGAGAAGGGUUUUCUAUCUCUACCAUCCUCUCUCUGUCUCCUGUCGACUUUUGGUCCUUUUGUGGUGUCCUCCAUUUUCACAAGAUCAUUCUUCCUAUUAGUCUUCUGAUUGGUCGAAAUCACCCUCAGACCGGGCCUAUCAGGACACACUUAGCUGAAGUUCACUUGUUGAUGUCCCUGACUGAAGACUGUGAGAUGUUGUUUGGCGGUGGUCACCAAGUCUCGCCACCGACCAAAGAAGAGAAUGGACUUAGCUGAGUAAAGCUGAUGCAGAAAUCAUCCCCAAUACCAUGUAUGGGUGUAUAAUAUAUUUUUCUUAAAGGUCACGAACAGUCAAAAUCACGCUUUUCAUGAAUUUGGAUGAUAUUUGGAUGAAAGUAUGACGACCCAAGUAUGAAAAAUGACUGUUUCUUCUUCACUUCUAAAGUUUGAUCAUAAAGUUACUGGUCCCCACCCCUGGUAUCAAACACUUUUAAUUCAGGAAGCAGGAUUAUUAAGGUGUUGGGUGACAUCACCCUAAUGCUCUCGUUUUAACACACCAAUGGUAACACGAUAUUCUCUUACCUAAUUUAAAUAAGUACUGCCUUGUAACCAACACUGGAGAAAGCGUGUUUGCAGAGGGGGCGUGGUUUAUAGAACUAGAUAACUACUCUACUGGUGUUACCUAGUCACUGGCUAGCUAGGUCUUCAGCCAGCGUGGAACUAAAGGGGGAAUGGGUCGUUCAGAACCCUGACACAGUUGUCAAGUUAACACAUCCUUCGGUGCUGCUGUGAACCGCAACACCGGAAACAUGCCAAACGGGAGAUGUGUAUAUAUAAAAAAAGAUGUAUAUCACUGAUGCGAUUUCAAUGUUUGAUUGAGUAGCUUUGUGUAGCACCAAAUUAGCUUGAGAGGAUUUUCGUGUAAUACCGCUCAUUGCAUCCAAGUUUCUUGACAUAGGCAUUUAAAAGAGCUCUCGUUCAAGGCGAGUUCAUGAAUAUCAGCUUCCCGCCCACUCAGCCUGUCUUUUCAAACUUGCUGGUAGUUAGCCAUGAGAGAAAAAGUCAUUUUCUAAAAUGUUUAGCAUUUAUAUCCCAAAACAAUAUAACGGAUGAUAUUUUUGUCACUCAAAAGGCUAUUUUACAUGGGAAUCAGAAUGACUCUUCUGGACCUUAUAAUGAUAUCAGAAGGCAUUUCAGCAAAGUUCACCCAUUAUCCCCCCCCCCCCCCCGUUUUGUUCUAAAGCUUUGGACAAAAACAUUGGAGAGCUCCUUACUUGUUGUUGAGGUCUUUGUCGUGUGUUUUUCUACGGUGGUGGAACAGUCACACCAACUAACCUGCACUUUAUGGAUUUUACUGACGGGCUGGCAAUAGCAAUUCCAAGAACCUUGCACUGAUUAUUCCUGCAAUAUGUUUGUAUGAAAAAUGGUUUCUACCUGAAAACUGAUUAAAUAGAUUUCUGUUUAGUUGAA